AUGCUGACGCUUCCAGCUGCAGUGCAGUCCAAUGGAAACUGUUUCGGCACCACAGACCUCUGCUGGCUGGCUGUGAAAGCGCAGGCGCCGCCGCGCCGCGCCGCGCCGCGUGCUGGCGGCCUGUUCACAGCAGCUGGUGCUGUUUCCACGCCCGCCACCCACAGUUUGGUCAGCGAGUGCCGGGCCAGCGCCGACUGCUGGCGGCCUGUUCACAGCAGCUGGUGCUGUUUCCACGCCCGCCACCCACAGUUUGGUCAGCGAGUGCCGGGCCAGCGCCGACUGCUGGCGGCCUGUUCACAGCAGCUGGUGCUUUUUCCACGCCCGCCACCCACAGUUUGGUCAGUGAGUGCCGGGGCAGCGCCGCGUGCUGGCGGCCUGUUCACAGCAGCUGGUGCUGUUUCCACGCCCGCCACCCACAGUUUGCAGCUGGUGCUGUUUCCACGCCCGCCAACCACAGUUUGGUCAGUGAGUGCCGGGGCAGCGCCGACUGCUGGCGGCCUGUUCACAGCAGCUGGUGCUGUUUCCACGCCCGCCAACCACAGUUUGGUCAGUGAGUGCCGGGGCAGCGCCGACUGCUGGCGGCCUGUUCACAGCAGCUGGUGCUGUUUCCACGCCCGCCACCCACAGUUUGGUCAGCGAGUGCCGGGGCAGCGCCGACUGCUGGCGGCCUGUUCGCAGCAGCUGGUGCUGUUUCCACGCCCGCCACCCACAGUUUGGUCAGUGAGUGCCGGGGCAGCGCCGACUGCUGGCGGCCUGUUCGCAGCAGCUGGUGCUGUUUCCACGCCCGCCAACCACAGUUUGCAGCUGGUGCUGUUUCCACGCCCGCCACCCACAGUUUGGUCAGUGAGUGCCGGGCCAGCGCCGACUGCUGGCGGCCUGUUCACAGCAGCUGGUGCUGUUUCCACGCCCGCCACCCACAGUUUGGUCAGCGAGUGCCGGGCCAGCGCCGACUGCUGGCGGCCUGUUCACAGCAGCUGGUGCUGUUUCCACGCCCGCCACCCACAGUUUGGUCAGCGAGUGCCGGGGCAGCGCCGCGUGCUGGCGGCCUGUUCACAGCAGCUGGUGCUGUUUCCACACCCGCCACCCACAGUUUGGUCAGUGAGUGCCGGGGCAGCGCCGCGUGCUGGCGGCCUGUUCACAGCAGCUGGUGCUGUUUCCAUGCCCGCCACCCACAGUUUGCAGCUGGUGCUGUUUCCAUGCCCGCCACCCACAGUUUGGUCAGCGAGUGCCGGGCCAGCGCCGACUGCUGGCGGCCUGUUCACAGCAGCUGGUGCUGUUUCCACGCCCGCCACCCACAGUUUGGUCAGUGAGUGCCGGGGCAGCGCCGACUGCUGGCGCGCCCACCACCGCCAGCUGCCUCAGACGCCGAUACUUCUGAAACGAUACACUUAA